AUGGAGACAUUGUCGUCUACGAGUGCGUCGGUUAUGGAGGUCAACGUCACUAUAGCGUCCAAGUCACGGAUUCCACACUGGCUCGUGGUGCAAUGUGAGGCUGGCAGCAGUCCGUCGUGUGAUGCGAAACGAGUGGACGCUGUGAGUGUCCGUGGAAGUCACGAUGUGUUCAUCCGCUUCGAAGAGGCCGACGGUGAUGAGCUCAAUGGAGACACUAGCGUUGCACGAGUGCGAGUCAUUAAAGGGGAUGCCCACGACCAGAAGGACAUUAUACUGCAGCUGAGGAUGAUGGACCAGCUCCUCACGCUGGACGUUGCAGCGUUUCGGAAGACCGUCGAGAUUGUAUUGCUUCAGAAAAAUACAUUGCAACGAGUGGUCCAUCAAGGGUCGGGUGACGUCGUGGUGGAGAACAAUAUAUUGUCCACAAUGGGGCCAAGUCUGGCCAUCGCCACACUUGGCAGUGGGGAUCUUUUCGCUACGUCUACGGAGACCGUGAAGGUGGACACAUUAACGCUGAGCUCUAAGGGCAGUGGACUCCUGCAGACAACGUUCUCAGAGCUCCGAGUAUCCAAAUUUCUAGCCGAGUAUUACGCGUCUGGGGACACUACUGUGUUCGUUGAAUCCGAGAGUGACGUCGACAGUCUGGCAGUGAUAGCAGAGGGGUCAGGUGACGCCUGUUUCGCCAACUUUACCCUGUUCGUGUCGACGACUCGUAUUUACCCGCACACUGCAAACGUCACAAAUUACCAGCGAUCAAGUCAAAAUUUGCAGCAGUUUCGAGCGGUGCUUUGGCCUCAGCAGAACUAG